AUGCCAGUGAAACGAAAACAAAAGAAAGAGGCUGUAAAACCUUUAUGGGAAGAUGAAGACGAUGAGCAAUUGGAAGUUUCGAUACCAACCAAAGUCAAGAAAACGUUCCAAGUUGAUUUGAAAAGAACAAACGAUGUUGAUGAAGAAACAUUGCAAACGAAAGAAUAUAUUGGACGACUUCAGGAGGCUUUCAAGAGAAGACAUGGUGGAAAACCAAAAUGGGCUGAAACUGAAGAAACUGCUGAAGAUGAUGAUUCGUUAUUAAGAACUGCUAGCGGAUAUAUUGAAAAAGAUACAAAGUUGUCGAAAACCACUAUUCAUACAACAUUACUCAAAGAUUUUAACACUGGACACAGAAGCUCGGUAAGUUUUUUGAGGAUAUCUCGAAAAUUUUCAAUUUUUGAAAUACAUUUCAGAAAGCUAUUACCGUCGUAAAAUUCCACAAAACCCGCCCAGUUCUAAUAACUGGAGAUAGUGGAGGAAAUGUGAAAUUAUACAAAGUCAGCUCUGAAGUUCGCCAAGACAAUUUUCUGCAAUCUGUGCAUUUUCAAAAAUUUCCAAUCGAAAGAAUGGAAAUCGCUCAACAAGGACAUGCUGUAAUUUGUUCGUCAACUUCUCAAGAAUAUUUGAUGCAAUAUGAUAUGGAAAAAGGGAAUGUAACACAAUUGAGAAUGCCUAAAAGUAGGUUUUCAUCACGAUGGAGAUUCAUUUUUUUCAAACACGUUUUAUAGCUGUUCCAAAACAAGGAAUCUCAUUAUUCGCAAUUUCGCACGAUUCUGAAUAUUUGGCAGUUGCUGGAGUUAAUUCACAUGUUUAUAUUCUUCAAACAUCUUCAAUGGAACACAUCAAAACAAUUUCUUUGCCAGCAAAUGCAACAGAUAUCAGAUUCUUUCCCGGAGUUUCUAGAGAAAUUUGGAUAAUGUGUGAAAACGGGCAAUGUAUUAUGAGUGAUGUUGAAGGAAAUUCACAACAUAAUUUUGUUGAUGAUGGAGCUGUUCAUGGAACUUGUUUGGCUAUUAGCCAACAUGGAGAAUAUUUUGCUACUGGGUGAGAUUAAAAUACAUAUAAUUUUAUAUUUUGUUCGUGUUUUUGUUCAGAAGUGACACUGGAAUUGUGAAUGUUUAUGAUGGAAGUUCGUGCCGACAAAAAGCCGAACCAAAACCACUUUUCAAUAUCGAUAACUUGGUGACCAAAGUUUCAGCAGCCGCUUUCAAUAGCGAUGCACAGCUUCUCGCGAUUUGCAGUAAUGUCAAGGUGAGAAGCUGGAAAUAUAUACUUUAGAGAGGUUAAAAAUCAGAAUUUUUCAUUAUAAAUUUACUCUUUCAAAGAAAUCAAUUUUUUAGCUCUGAAAAGACAUCUCAAAAAUCUCUCUCAUUCAAUCUGAAAAUCAACUUACUGAGGCUUUUCUUGUCGAUAAAAUGAUAAAGAAUCAAAAUUUUUGGUGAAACUAAAAAAAAUCACAAGUUUAUAUUUUCUCAAUUUUCCCCUACCUGCUGAAUUCUGAAUGAAAAGUUCUCCGAAAAUUUCUGAAAACCCUUCUCUAUAUCAUACUCUAUGAGAAACAUUUUAAAAAUAUCAAGUCCGAAUUGAAAAAAAAAAAUCAAUUUUACAGGACAAUCAAAUUCGUUUGAUUCACACUCAAAGCCAAACAGUUUUCAAAAACUUUCCCGAUCGACACGGCCAUGUUUCAAAAGCCAAUUGUCUAGAUAUUUCGCCAAAGGGUGGUUAUCUUGCUGUCGGAAAUAAUGAUGGAAAAUUGCACGUUUUUCAUAUUCACCACUUUUCUCAAUAUUAG